UAUAUCCCAUUAAAUUCCCUUUUUCUAAUUUUGGAAAAGAAAAAAAAUUAGGGUUUCCUUUCAAAAAGGGGAUGAACCCACCACUAUUCCCUUUUCCAAAAUUAUCGUUGAUUGGAGGAAGAUGAAGCUGAAGCAGUUAGAAUCCUUCCUCGGUGAUCUUCAACAGUUCUCCAACCCAAAGGUGGAACUGGAACAGUACCCGACUGGCCCUCAUAUUGCCUCUCGGAUGCUCUUCACUGCGGAGAAUUCAUUUGGUGACGUGAGUAACAAGGUAGUGGCUGAUUUUGGUUGUGGGUGUGGUACUUUGGGUGUGGCAGCUGCUCUCUUGGGUGCUGAACAUGUUAUUGGCCUCGAUAUUGAUCCUCAAUCACUUGAAAUUGCUUCACUAAAUGCAGAGGAUCUUGAGUUGGAUAUGAAUUUUGUGCACUGCGAUGUCAAGAACUUGGGAUGGAGAGGUCAAAUUGUUGAUACUGUUGUAAUGAAUCCUCCAUUUGGAACACGGAAGAAGGGAGCUGACAUGGAUUUUCUCGCUGUGGCUUUGAAGGUGGCUUCUCAAGCAGUUUAUUCUUUGCAUAAGAGCUCAACAAGAGAUCAUGUGAGAAAGGCAGCUUUGCGCAAUUUCAACGCUAGUAGUGCUGAAGUUUUAUGUGAGCUGAGAUACGACGUACAGCAGCUAUACAAAUUUCAUAAGAAGAAAGAAGUGGAUAUUGCAGUGGACCUCUGGCGAUUCGUCCCUCAAAAAGACAAGCUAGGUGGCAUCAUAGCAGAUGAAAGUUUGAGAUAGAUUAAUGUGGCUCUAUUUAUCUAGUUUUUUUUUCCCUUUUCCUGUAACAUUUGGAUGGAGAGAAUCCUCAGGCGUUUUUCCCCUCUAGAUAUAAAUAUUUACAAGAAAAACCCGCAAAAUUCGUGUAUAUUAUGAUCCUGGAGAAAAUUCAAUGUGGCCUGGAGUUCUCGCAUUUGGAUUAAAGUGUUUCAAUCUAGUAAGAACAUGGAAAAGCUAGGAUUCGGGUGUAUAAUGGAAUUGAACAUAUGUCAAGGCAAAUGCUAAGUGAAAAUUGUCAUUUUUGGUUGCGAAA